AGCGAUGAACGUCUCAGCGCGCGGCCAUAUUUACUUACCAAAAUUCAGGACGGAAGAGACAAAAGGAUAAAGCGAAUCUGCAGCCGGAGAGUUUCUCACGAAUAAGGGCGAGAUUUGGGUUCGGUGAUUCUGUGGAGACCGAUUAAAGCCUUUGAAUUGAGAAGGUGGCAGACUUCAGAGACCAGGAUUUCCCUCACUGUGGAGUUUGGGGAGUCAGCAAGCCAGAGAGAUGACAAAGGACUGAUCAGAGCAGAAUUAGAUUAAUUCUGUUUAGACAUUCCAACUGAAAUUUACCUGAAGGACUAAUUCAGUUGGCAUAAUUAGAGCAUCUUCCUCAUAGAGAAGCAAAUUUAAGUCUUGAAGAGCACAAUCUGAAAUAAGCAUUUCUGAGUGUGAAAAUCUCUUAGGCUCUUGAAUCUAAGCAAUAUUGAAAGGAUUGUAACUCAAAUUUAAAACACAUUAACAAAAUAUUAAGUUGAUUUAAGACGAGCAAAAAAAAAACAAAAAAAAAACACAGGCAACAAAAGUAUAUGUGCGCUUAAAUUCAUAAGUCAGAUUUAAAUAGUUUUGGAAUUUUUGCAGCAACAGGUUAUAUUUAUUCAUAUAAAUACUAUUUUCUCUUCUUUUGGGAGAGUUUUAUUGUAAACUACUUUCAUGUGUCAGCCCUCUUCUUUUCAAGAGGUCUGCACGUACAUGCUAUAGAGGUACAGAAUACAACUGUUUACACAGUAGAUCACUGAGAUUAACAGAACAAGUGAAAGGACAGAAGCACCAGCAGCAGCUAAAAGACAACCUGCAGCAAUCUAUAGUCCGUCUCAGGAGUUUUUUUUUUUUUUAAAUAAAAUGGCCACAGCAAGAACCGAGCUAUUUGCUUCAGCUUUGGGACUGAGCAAACAGAAUGGACAGUCCAGGCCACCGGGUCUGCAAUCAGGGCCUGUCACUGGCAUGACACAACCAGGAAAAGCACUUGGUGACUCUCAAAAAGGAAGCAGCAUACCACAGACCAGUGGUGGUAUCAGAUUUGGAGAUGACUGGAAAAAGUCCUUGCAGCUCCCACCAAAAGACACAAGGGUGAAAACUUCAGAUGUUACUGCAACUAAGGGGAAUGAUUUUGAAGACUACUGCCUUAAGCGUGAAUUACUAAUGGGCAUCUUUGAAAUGGGUUGGGAGAAGCCAUCUCCUAUCCAGGAGGAGAGCAUUCCCAUUGCCCUGUCAGGAAGAGACAUUCUAGCCAGAGCCAAGAAUGGCACAGGGAAGAGCGGAGCCUACCUCAUUCCUCUGCUAGAGAGGAUAGACUUAAAGAAGGAUCACAUUCAAGCCGUUGUCAUGGUGCCGACUCGUGAAUUGGCUCUACAGAUGAGCCAGAUCUGUAUCAGCAUGAGCAAGCACCUAGGUGGAGUGAAGGUCAUGGCUACUACUGGUGGCACCAACUUGAAAGAUGACAUCAUGCGCCUGGACGAGACAGUUCAUGUUGUGAUAGCUACUCCAGGCAGGAUUCUGGACCUUAUAAAAAAAGGAGUGGCCAAAGUUGACAAAGUCCAAAUGAUGGUAAUGGAUGAGGCUGACAAGUUGCUCUCUCAAGACUUUGUUGUGCUCAUUGAAGACAUUAUUAGCUUUCUGGACAAGAAUCGUCAGAUUCUGCUCUACUCUGCCACCUUCCCUGUCAGCGUACAGAGGUUUAUGGCUAAGCAUCUCCGAAAGCCCUAUGAGAUUAACCUGAUGGAUGAGUUGACUCUGAAGGGCAUCACUCAGUACUACGCCUAUGUUACAGAGAGACAAAAAGUGCAUUGUCUCAACACUCUCUUCUCCAGGCUCCAAAUCAAUCAGUCAAUCAUCUUCUGUAACUCCACACAAAGAGUGGAGCUUUUGGCUAGGAAGAUCUCACAGCUGGGUUACUCCUGUUUUUACAUCCAUGCAAAAAUGAUGCAGGAAUACAGAAACCGUGUGUUCCAUGACUUCAGAAAUGGCCUGUGUAGGAACCUGGUCUGCACAGAUCUUUUCACAAGAGGAAUUGACAUCCAGGCUGUCAAUGUUGUCAUCAACUUUGACUUUCCCAAAAAUGCAGAGACCUACCUUCACCGUAUUGGUAGAUCAGGAAGAUACGGGCACCUGGGUCUGGCCAUUAACCUGAUCACUUCAGAUGAUCGUUUCAAUCUGAAGACCAUUGAGGAGCAGUUGGUGACUGACAUCAAACCUAUUCCUGGCUCCAUUGAUAAAAGCCUGUAUGUGGCAGAGUUCCACUCCACCAACCCUGAUGAGGAGGAGGAGGAGGAGGAGCCAAGAGCAGAGAUUAAUGCACCGUAAUGGGACAGUGGAUGAAUGGUGACUGGCAUAUUACACGUCUUCUGCUAAACACAGGCAGGCACAAGGAUGAAUCCUCUUCCUGUUGUGUUACUAGUUUGUCAUUUCCUCUUACUUGCUGACUUCUUCGAGCUCUCAAAUUCGCACACAGGGUUACUGACACUGUUAUGACCAAAGGCAUUACAUACGCCAAAACCAUACCGCUAAGGUGUGAUUUUUGUGUUAAGAAAUCUGCACAUAUUCAGAACCAAUGUUUAUGCCCUUUCGCUUGUUACCAAAUAUGAAAAUCCACGCCAUAUGUGUGGUCUCUGUGUGACACCUACCUCACUCCAAACUUCUAAAAAUGUUACAAGCUACAGGAAUACCUGCUUACAGUUCCAGCAGUCUGUUAAUGUCACUGCAGGUGCCUUAGUGAAGCCAGCUUGUGAAUCCUAUGGAAUCAAGUGCCCUGAAAGACAUAUUUCAAAUUGAUCAGGUCACUUUAUUUCUACAACUUGUUCUCUAAAAAUACAUUCUAAAAGACAUUUUUGAGUCUCUUUCAUACUGAUGCAGAACACCCCAUGCUGUCUCUGUCUUGUCAUGUCCAUUUUUUUUCUUGGAUAAAACAAUGCAAAAUAUGUUUUUAACCACAUCAGUGUAGCUUCUGCUUUCGUUGGCAGUUGCCUGUGUAUCGUUAUUAAAGCUGUUCUGUGCCAGUUUGAGCCAAAUGAAAACUACAUUUUUCCCCCCUCUCCUCUUUAUAUUUGUGUUGUACCUUUUUGUCAUGUUUUGUGAGUAGAAGCAGAUGCUUUUACUGACGUGUUGCACCAAAUGCCAGUGCCAGCAUCCACAUUUAAUUAUUAUUUUUUGAACAGAAAUAAAGUCCAACAUUUUCUCCA